ACUGAAGAAGAAAAGGCACUAUGAUACGAUGCAACAUUUGACAGGAUACUGUGAUAUCCCCACAGCAUUCAUGCACAGUUAUAUAGACACCAUUAUUCAGAUAAGCGGGAGGCACGCAAACAAGGCACGCUCUGGCGCUCACAAGCUGAAAUUGGUGCCAGCCUGAAUUAUAUAUAGCGUUAACAUACUACGUAUUAUAAGCUUUGCUUUCGUGCCUUGGUAGUGCCUCAUGGAACUUACAGGGUCCCCACGAAGUAUGAAGAGCGUACGAUACAUAAGGCGUGGUUUGUGUGUGAAGCUAAGUCGAGCAACUACCCCUUUUCACCUGCCAAACGAUUCAGCGAAAUCAAUCACCAUGUCCCAUAUUAUUGCUUUCCCACAAGCCGCCGUAAGAGACAAGGCAGAAGAAGCCAAGUCGUUUAUACACAUAUCCCCGUUCGCAUCCAGAAUUAUCUCGGUAUCCUUCGAUGACCGAACAGUACUCCUCGCUCACUCACGGAAAAUUCAUAUAAGUCCUAAGUUAUACGAUCAGUUUCAAUAUGGGUUGCAGCUGCAUCUAAGAGGGGUUCCCAGCAGUGCUGGUCAUGUCCUGAUAAAUUUCUUGUAUACUGGGAAAUACGAGGGCUAUAAACCCUUUGAGUUGACGCCCUAUGAGCAAAAAGUCUACGAGUUCAAAACGUCUGUCUGGGUAUACAAAAUCGCUCAGAUCUACGAGUUACCUGACCUACAGGGCCUCGCAAAACGUGAAAUCGAAGACGUCGGUAUUUAUCUGCGCGAAGCAAUGAUCGUCGAGGUGCUUGGCGAGGUAUUUCCGCAGGUUGGCAAAGAUGAGGAAUUUCUUCAAACCUACAUUAAAGCCCGUCUUCGACCGUUCAUAGAACGUCCUGUGCUGGCUCCAGACAGUUGGCCCGACAGUCCUGGCAAGAACCUAUCCUUUACGAAUACCUUACUGAAAUUGAUCAACCAACUCUUGUGCGACAUGGUGAUUGAAGACGAGGUAAGAUCACCUGCAGCCUGUGCUGAGACACCAUCGACACUCCGUCCAGACUAUACCCCCACAACCACUCCUGCUGCUACACCUAGACGUUGAGACGCUGAAAGUGCUUCCCUGGGC